GCUGAUCCGCGUUGCCGCGCGCCGUGCGGGCUGCGGCAACCGUCGGCCGUCGGCGCGGCUUGGGCGGUUGUCUUGGAGAAGCAAGAUGGCGGCGACGGCGGCCGCGGUGGUGGCGGAGGAGGACACGGAGCUGCGGGACCUGCUGGUGCAGACGCUGGAGAACAGCGGGGUCCUGAACCGCAUCAAGGCUGAACUCCGAGCAGCUGUGUUUUUAGCGCUAGAGGAGCAAGAAAAAGUAGAGAACAAAACUCCUUUAGUCAAUGAGAGCCUGAAAAAGUUUUUAAAUACGAAAGAUGGCCGGCUGGUGGCUAGUCUCGUUGCCGAAUUUCUUCAGUUUUUCAAUCUUGAUUUUACCUUGGCUGUUUUUCAACCUGAAACUAGCACAUUUCAAGGUCUCGAAGGUCGAGAGAAUUUAGCCCGAGAUUUAGGAAUUAUUGAAGCAGAAGGUACGGUGGGUGGACCCUUAUUAUUAGAAGUGAUCAGACGCUGUCAACAGAAAGAAAAAGGGCCAGCCAGUGGGGAAGGUGCACUAGCUCUAUCUGAUGUACAUUCUCCACCAAAGUCACCAGAAAGAAAAACAAGUGCACACACUCCUCCCAGUAAGAUACCAAGGUAUAAAGGACAAGGUAAGAAGAAGCCAAGCAGGCGGAAGUCUGGUGCCAAGAAGGCCAGCAAUGAUGCUAGUCAGACUGAUCCCAGUAUCUCAUCAUCAGAACCAAAGAGCAAAAGUAGUCUUCACUUACUGGCCCAUGAAACGAAAAUUGGAUCCUUGUUAAGCAACAAAAGUCUAGAUGUCAAAGACAAAGCUGGUCCUUGUCCAGAUGAAGAUGAUAUGGAAGGAGAUUCUUUCUUUGAUGAUCCCAUUCCUAAACCAGAAAAAACCUAUGGUUGGAGAAGUGAACCUAGUAAGCAAGUAGGAAGCCUUGCAUCGCUCUCGGACGCCCCCCCCUUAAAAAGUGGACUCAGCUCCCUUCCUGGAGCUCCCUCAUUGAAAGACUCCGAAAGUAAAAGGGGAAACACAAUUUUGAAAGAUCUUAAAUUGGUCAAUGAUAAAAUUGGAUCACUUGGUUUAGGGACUGGAGAGGAAGAUGACUAUGUUGAUGAUUUUAAUAGUACCAGCCAUCGCUCAGAAAAAAGUGAGCUAAGUAUUGGUGAAGAGAUCGAGGAAGACCUCUCUGUGGAAAUAGAUGACGUCAAUACCAGCGAUAAACUUGAUGACCUGACACAGGACCUGACUGUGUCCCAGCUCAGUGACGUUGCGGAUUAUCUGGAAGAUGUUGCCUAGGCGACGAAAGAAGGAAGUAUUCUAAUCAGCAAAGGACAAAGGACUCUGAUCAGUUCUUUUUUUUUUUUUUCCUGGACAAUCUCUCUUUGCUGGAAUGUCUGCUCCCUGUUGGUGCCUGUGUUCCAAGAAGAUUACAGAUAUUAAAAAAAAUUAA